AUGUCUCUUCGCAAAUGUCAAGCCCCUCUCAUCCACGACGCUGACUGCAACCUCGAACUCCCUGCAUCAUACACAUCUGCGCCAUCCCUGAAACCAUUCUUCACAGAUCAGCAGCAAAAUCACCCUCAAGUUCUCUUCCCUUCAGACCUCCGGUUAUCUUUGUUCAAAUCCAAGGUCUACCAACUCCUCUACUCCCGGCCCAGUUUGCAAGCCUCUGUGGCCACAAGACUCCGCGUUAUCCGAGAACUAGACCACGAGCUCCAUGAACUCAAGGCGCAGUUUCCUGCUAGUUACCAACCGGAAACCGUUUUCGAGACAGGCACGAGCCUCGGCCUCUCUGAUGCUUCUGCUCGCGGUCUCAAUAUCCGGGCGGUCACCGUUCACUUGGAAUAUUAUCAUUGCCUGACGAAGAUUCAUGGAGCUAGUCUUGUCGGUCACGAUGUGACUGAGGAAUCAUCCGCUCCUUCGAGUCUGGAGUUAUGUUAUCAGGCUGCGCGGUCGACUCUUUUGUAUCUGUGUCGAAUGCCAUUCCUUAUCAAUGAAGAAACUUUCUGGAUAUACGCACAAUUCCUCCUAACCGCCGUACUCGCUCUGCACUACCGCCUUAUCACACGCCACCGUGACACCUCAUAUCCACAUGAAGAUCUAUCCAUUUUGAAAAGCACCCUCGAUAUCUUUGUCCAGAUGAAGAACAAGAACGCAGAAUCCUCGUCACGUCCCUUUGCGCCAUUCAUGAUCACCGAGGCUUUUAUUCGCUAUUUGAUCAACCUUUCGUGUUCGGUUGAUGCCUGA